AUGAUUGGUAGAGUGAAUGACAGUAAUCGAGUAAGUGAAUCUGAAGUGAAUGACGGAAGCGUGAAUGGCGGGAGCGUGAAUGAUGGAGGCGUAGCCGAUAAUGGUGGUAGAGAUGGGUGCGUAGACGAUAAUGCAAUCAAGGAUUUCUGGCAGGUGGAUGAUAGCACAAUUGUUUUUAUGGCUGAUCCGACUUUUGGGAACAUACUGAAUUUCAAUGUUGGGGCUAUGGUUGAUUUAGACAUACCUCGUAGUUUCUGGAGUCGAUUGGCUGGGAAAUACGGCAACAUGUUUUACUGGAAAGAAAAGGGAGAAGAUGCAUCCAUCGAAGCUGCAGUGAUGGCGAUAUCAAGUUGCUUACGAGAACCCGUUGGUCCAAACAACUGUGCAGAGAUAAAGUGAAGUAUGAACCCCUCAAAAUGUACCUAUUCUUAACACUGUAUAGAUUGGUAUCAAGAAGAAACAGAAUUUGGAAGAACGAAUCACUUCUCCAGUACAUUUUCUUGUUGUUCUUUUAAGUAGACUCUCAGAAAUGUGCUGGGAAUGAAAGUUUCUUGUGAAAGCUUCUGUUCUUGUACUGAUUCUGCAGCCUGAUAGUGAUGAAUACAAAAAUCACUAAUAUCAA